AUGCUCGGCAGCUGUUGGCAUGCGGGCCCAUCGGCUACGAGUUCAAUAGGCAUACCCGGCUUUUGCAACAGUCGGGUGAAUCAUCUUGGGGAGCAGGCCGUCCAACGCGCUCCGUCGCGACUUGCUGCUGUUGCGGCCUGUGGCGGGUUUGCGGUGAGUUUGUUGCUGAGAAAGACCCGCAGACACCUGAGAUGCAGAUCCACGAAGAGUCCAAAUCCUGUUUUGAAGAAGGCCAACGCCAGAGAGCAGAGCAUGCUCGAUCGGUUGAACGAUCACGCCGCGGCCCUGGGUGGCGAGUGCCUGGCGAUCGGAUAUAGAAACAACAAAACGAAAGUCCCGUGGCAGUGCCAACACGGACAUGCCUGGGAUGCUGUUCCACACAGCGUGCUGUUUCUCAAGAGCUGGUGCCCGGAGUGUGCCAGAAACAGGCGGCGGAUCCCAUUGCAGCGGUUGCAAGAUCACGCAGCACGUCGGGGUGGAAAGUGUUUGGCCAAGAAAUAUGUAAAUUCAAGGUCGAAGGUGCAAUGGGAGUGUGAGCACGGCCACUCCUGGAGAGCAAAGCCCGAGGGUGUUCUGUACAAGGACUCUUGGUGCCCCCACUGCAGGAAGAUCGGUCUACCACGUCUCCGGGCACAUGCCGCCUCGUUGGGUGGCAGGUGCUUAGCCAAAUCUUACAAGAACAGGAGAGAGAAACUUCUCUGGGAAUGCAAAGAGGGACACAGGUGGGAGGCCUCUGCCGGCAGCGUGCUGCAUCACCAGACGUGGUGCCCUCAGUGUGCAGCCAGCACCUGGCGUACAGAGGCGGAGAUCCGCAGCAUCCUGGAGACCAUCUUCCAUCCGGCUAGUUUUCCUACGUGUUACCCUCCCUUUCUGGAGCGCUUGCAACUGGACGGCUACUGCCUCGAUUUGGGUCUGGCGUUCGAGUACCAGGGAGAGCAGCAUUAUGACCCUGAGCACUAUUUCCAUUUCGGCGAGCCUUCCAGCUUCCGUGCUCAGCAGGAGAGGGACGCUAGGAAGGUGAACCUGUGCAUGGAAGCGGGGGUGCGGCUCUUGAUCGUCCCAUGCUUCGUGAACGACAAGAGGACUUUCGUGCUGACGGCAUUGCUGCAAUGGUUCUCAUGGGCUCAAAUCACGCCGAAGGAGCUGCCCGACCGUGACGCUGCCUUUCCGGGGCGCGUCUGCUGA